UGUGCCUGCAGUAGUUGGGCCGCAUGACGCGUGAGGCUAGUCAUUCUAUCGGAUAGAAGAACAACAUCCCUUAAGCUGCGCUGUUUUAGAAGUUAGAGUAACACAAUGCCUAAGAAAAUUAAAGAAGACGCGGCGUGGCUGGACGAUGAAGUCGCAGCCCCGGCAGCUGCAGAAAAGACUGUGAAAAAAGGGAAGAAAGAUAAAAAGGGGAAAAAGAGUUUCUUUGAUGAACUUGCCACAGAUGUCAAACCUGAUGUAGAUGAGGUGGCUGUGAAAGGCACACAAGGAAAACAGUCUCAGAAAAAGAAAAAAGACCGGCGGAAAGGAAAAAGUGGAAAUGCAGAUGACGACGAUGAUGAGGAUGUCAUGCUAAAGCUGAAAAAGCUUUCGGUGCAAGCAAGUGACGAGGAAGAUGAGCCAGUCGUCGCCCGCAGCAAAGGGAACAAGAAGAAUAAGGGCGGGAACAUUUUUGCUGCUCUGAGCCAGGGCCAGAGCGAUGAGGACGAGGAAGAUACACCAGCAAAAAAGGUUGCCUCUGAUCAGGAGGAUGAAGCAGAGAAGGAUCAUGGUGAGGAGAAAACUACCAAGAAAACCAAGAAGGCAGAGGCCAAGUCCAAGUGUCAGGUUGCCUCUGAUCAGGAGGAUGAAGCAGAGAAGGAUCAUGGUGAGGAGAAAACUACCAAGAAGACCAAGAAGGCAGAGGCCAAUUCCAAGAGAGGGAAACCCGCACAACAAGCACACACUAGGGAGGAGGAAGAGGAGGAUGAGGAGGAUGACAGUGACGGAGGGGACACGAUGAGGAGUGCUGAGGACGUCAUCGCUGAGCAGGCCAAGCAGCAGGAAGACGACCCGUUGGCUAACCUGAGUAAAAAGGAAAAGAAGAAGAAAAAGAAACGGAUGGAGUACGAGCGUCAGGUGGCCAGCAUCCGUGCACAGAAUGCCUUGGAGGGAGAUUUCUCCAUCUCCCAGGCUGAGACGUCUUCCAGACAGGCCAUGCUGGAAAACGCCUCUGAUAUCAAGCUGGAGAAGUUCAGCAUCUCUGCUCAUGGCAAGGAGCUCUUCAUCAACGCUGACCUUCUCAUUGUUGCAGGAAGACGAUAUGGUUUGGUUGGACCAAAUGGCAAAGGAAAGACCACCCUCCUGAAACACAUAGCCAACCGAGCGCUCAGCAUUCCUCCCAACAUUGAUGUGCUGCUGUGUGAGCAGGAGGUGGUAGCCGACGACACACCGGCCGUGCAGUCGGUGCUGAAGGCAGACACCCGCCGCCUGAAGCUCCUGGAGGAGGAGAGGCAGCUGCAGGCUCGACUGGAGAAGGGAGAGGACAGUGUAGCUGAGAGGCUGGAGAAGGUCUAUGAGGAACUCAGGGCUAUUGGAGCUGCAGCAGCUGAACCUAAAGCCCGGAGGAUCCUGGCUGGUCUGUCGUUUACCACUGAGAUGCAGAACAGACCCACUAAGCGCUUCUCUGGAGGCUGGCGAAUGAGAGUGUCCCUCGCCAGAGCUCUGUUCAUGGAACCCACUCUGCUGAUGCUGGACGAACCCACCAACCACCUGGACCUGAACGCCGUCAUCUGGCUCAACAACUACCUUCAAGGCUGGAAGAAGACGCUCCUCUUAGUUUCCCACGACCAGAGUUUCCUGGACGAAGUGUGUACAGAUAUCAUCCACUUGGACAACGAGAAGCUCUACUAUUACAGAGGGAACUACUUGACCUUCAAAAAGAUGUAUGUGCAAAAGCAGAAAGACAUGCAGAAGCAGUACGACAAGCAGGAGAAGAAACUGAAAGACCUGAAGGCUGGUGGCAAGUCCACCAAACAGGCUGAGAAGCAAACCAAGGAGGCCCUGACCAGAAAGCAGCAGAAAGGCAAGAAGAAGGGAGCUCAGGAGGAGGAGAGCCAGGAUGCCACGGAGCUGCUGAAGAGGCCCAAAGAGUACACCGUCAAGUUCACCUUCCCCAACCCGCCUCCUCUAUCCCCGCCCAUACUGGGACUACACUGUGUGGACUUUGGCUACGGGGGUCAUAAGCCUCUCUUCAAAAACGUGGACUUUGGAAUCGACAUGGACUCCAGGAUUUGUAUAGUGGGACCCAAUGGGGUUGGGAAGAGUACCCUGCUGCUGCUGCUCACUGGGAAACUCAAUCCUACUAAAGGUGAGAUGAGGAAGAAUCAUCGCUUGAAAGUGGGCUUCUUUAACCAGCAGUAUGCUGACCAGCUGAACAUGGAGGAGACCGCCACAGAGUACCUGAUGAGGAACUUCAACCUUCCCUAUCAGGACAGCAGGAAGUGCCUGGGAUGUUUUGGCCUGGAGAGCCACGCCCACACCAUUCAGAUCUCCAAACUGUCUGGUGGGCAGAAGGCCAGAGUGGUGUUUGCUGAGCUGUGCUGUCGUCAACCUGAUGUGCUCAUCCUGGAUGAGCCCACCAACAAUUUGGACAUUGAGUCAAUCGAUGCUUUAUCAGAGGCCAUCAAUGAAUAUAAAGGAGCUGUGAUCAUCGUGAGUCACGACGCCCGGCUCAUCACUGAGACUCGGUGCCAGAUGUGGGUCGUGGAGGACAGUUCGGCAAACCAGAUCGAUGGAGACUUCGACGAUUACAAGCGGGAGGUGCUGGAGUCUCUGGGAGAAACCAUGGUCAACAAGGUCAACCCAUAACCCCCGCCAGCUGGGACCAGUCGCAUGCGUCUCAAAGCAAAGCCCCUUCCUGGAGUCACAACUGUUCCUUUCUAGUAAUAGAGGGAGGUCUACUAAAUAUCACGUUCUGAUCUCCUGAAGCCAAACAAUAAAAUAAAUCAAUUUUU